AUGACUGAUAAUUUCUGUGCCGGUGUGUGUGCAUCGACGGUUCACAAAUGGAAUAAGCUAAACGCCGGGAACGUUGACGAAGACGUUAGGGUCAUGACUAGGAAGAGUGUCGACGAUCCCGGCGAGCCGUCGGGGAUUGUGCUGAGCGCCGCUACUUCGGUGUGGUUACCGGUGUCACCUCAAAGACUGUUCGAUUUCCUGCGUAAUGAAGGGCUGAGGAGCGAGUGGGACAUUCUGUCCAACGGUGGUCCCAUGCAAGAGAUUUCCCACAUCGCCAAAGGCCAAGAUCAAGGCAAUUGCGUCUCCCUCCUCCGCUCCAACGCCAUGAACGCAAACCAGAGUAGCAUGUUGAUACUACAGGAGACAUGCACAGACGCGGCGGGUUCGCUUGUUGUGUACGCGCCCGUUGACAUUCCGGCCAUGAAUCUCGUUAUGAACGGUGGUGAUUCAGCUUACGUGGCGUUACUCCCUUCCGGUUUUGCUGUCAUCCCUGAUGGUCCAGGAUCUCGUGGGCCCGUCUCUGAUGGACAUAUUAGCGGGAAUGGCGGAGAGUCCCAGAGGGUGAGUGGGUCCCUUCUCACGGUUGCUUUUCAGAUACUGGUCAACAGUUUACCGAUAGCCAAGCUUACGCUGGAGUCGGUGGAAACGGUCAAUAAUCUCAUCUCCUGCACCGUACAAAAGAUCAAAGCCGCCCUUCAAUACGAAAGCUGA